GGCAGCCCCGGCCCGAGGGGAGCAGCCCCCAUGGCUGACCGGAGCCUGAUCGAGGGAGCCGAGCCCUUCCCGCGCAGGGAAGAGGCUCCGGAAUGGGGCUACGAAGAAGGGGUCGAGUGGGGACUGAUUUUUCCCGAUGCCAACGGGGAGUACCAGUCGCCCAUCAACUUGAACUCGAGAGAAGCGAAAUACGACCCCUCGCUCCUGGAAGUGCGCCUGUCGCCCAACUACGUCGUGUGUCGCGACUGCGAAGUGAUUAACGACGGGCAUUCCAUUCAGAUCGCACUCAAGUCCAAAUCAGUGUUAAUAGGUGGGCCCUUACCUCGAGGACAUGAGUUUGAACUACACGAUGUUCGAUUUCACUGGGGGAGAGAAAACCAGCGUGGUUCUGAGCACACGGUUAAUUUUAAAGCCUUUCCCAUGGAGCUUCAUCUAAUGCACUGGAACUCCACACUAUACAGCAGCAUUGAUGAAGCGGUAGGGAAGAAGCACGGCAUAGCUAUCAUUGCUUUAUUUGUACAGAUAGGAAAAGAGCAUGUAGGCCUAAAGGCUGUAACUGAAAUUCUCCAGGACAUCCAGUACAAGGGAAAGUCCAAAACUAUACCCUGUUUUAAUCCCAACUCUUUAUUACCAGAUCCUCUACUGCGUGACUACUGGGUGUAUGAGGGCUCCCUAACAAUUCCACCCUGCAGCGAAGGUGUCACCUGGAUUUUAUUUCGCUAUCCUUUGACUGUGUCCCAAGUGCAGAUAGAGGAAUUUCGUAGACUGAGGACACAUGUUAAGGGUGCAGAACUUCUAGAGGGCUGUGACGGAAUCCUAGGAGAUAACUUCAGACCAACUCAGCCACUUAGCGACAGAGUCAUCAGGGCUGCAUUUCAGUAGCAGAAGAGGAAAAACAACAAAAGUAAAUCUUUAUUAAUAGAGGGAGAAGACAAUGCUCCCACAGUGCCCUUGGAUGAGAAAUGGAAACUUUUGAGGCUGCUGCUUCAGUUGAACCACAAAGCCUGUAUUGUUUGUCUUCAUCUAAUUCAACUCUGAUAGACAGCUGUGACAGUUGUUCUGUCCACACAGUUCAGUGAAAUUCUGGAAAUGGGGCUGUACAUUAAAAGAAGAAAGCAUUAAAUCUUCCAAUUUACACUGUUAGCUAUUUUUAAAUGGUAAUAAUCAUUGCUUAUGUAAUUUCCUUUUCUGCAGUAGCAUUCAAUAGUGGUCUGUGAUCCAAAUAAUACUAAUUUUAAGCUUGGUAUAAAUGUUAAUAUAUAGAGAAAUACUCAUUGUUGUGAAUGUUACAUUUAAUUUUGUUUUGUAGCAUCUCUUUUGCUGUCAGUAACCAUCUUUUCUGUAGGGGGGAGGUGUGUUCUGUAAAGCUAAUAAAACCAUUGGUUGUUCACAAAGUAUUAUACAAAUUCAGAAUUCUUUUUUGGGCAGAAAUGAACACUUCUCUGACAAGCGCUUAACAUGGCCUACCAGAAUAAAGCUGAAUGACAUUUGCAUUAUUAGGAACCUUAUUUGAAUAAAAAACAACUUUGGAAUAAGGAAAAUUAAUUGAUAUAACAGCAGACAGAGUCAUGGAAUUUUACAAAGAAAUUAUCAUUUCAGGCAGAAAAUUAUCAGCCUUUGUUCUCCUGUGAAUUAUGACAGUUCCAUUUGUUUCUGCACAUGGCUGAGGAUGGUGGUCUGAGGCCCUUCUCUGCAGGUCCUGAGCUGCUACACAGCAUGGGACCUGCCAUUCUGGGCCACACAUGACACAGCUCUGACAGAGCAAAAGAGAGAGAAGGAGACCAAGCCUGCAAGACAAGCUCUUAGCUUACAGUUCCUUCUAAACACAUAGCACUGAAAAACAAUGUCACAUGGUUUGAAUAGCUUUGGUCUCCAUGGCUUUCAGCGCGGUCCAUUUUGCUAGCACGUUUAUGGUGAGACCUGUGUGAGUGCAAGAAUGCAGAGACACAGAUGGCAAGCUUCAGGCAGGGCACAAUGGAGAUGCAAACAGAGGUUCACAAAGCAGAGGUUACUCCCUGGGAGCAGAUGGAUGAAUCAUCAAUCACGAAGUCAUCACCAUGCAGUGGUAAAUGUAGUGUCACAAGGCAUGCUUACUCCAUCUCGUGGGGGCUGCUGCUAAAUAAUGAGUAGCAAAUUCUCAGAGUCAUAUAUGUGUGUAUUAGGGACAGGAGAAACAAUAGGAGAAACCCACACACUGCAUAUGAACAUGGUGAGAGGGAGUGGAUGCUGCUCACCGGUUCAUGUGGUAGUAACUGUGCGUGCUGCAGGAAUGUGUGGAGAGACACGCAGCUGACCUUGGUGUUGCAAUAAGAGCAUGUAAGUCCAUCAUGAAGUCAUCUGUUUAUGAGGAUUAGUGGAGUUGUCAUUAAUAAAUUGCUCCUUGAGCCUAUGAAAACUCAUAUUUCUUAGAGUUAUGUAUAAGAAUUUUCCUCUCUAUCCGCAACAGCCCAGCAUUUACGUCAAAGUAACAGCCUCAGUGGAUGCUGCCCCUCUUCCAUCUGCAGGGACUCAGUGGUCCUUAUGUGCCCCUUCCAAUUUGGAAUAUUCAAUGAUUCUACAACUCCUCAGACAAUUGCAACAACAACCCAACUCCAGAGCCUGGUAUCCUCCAUUCUUUGCCAUAGGGCAGGGUGGAGUCUCUGCAUAAAGAUUGCUAUACGUAGUAUCUAGUCUGCAAAGGCUUGGCCGGGUUGUCUGCAGAUAUUGUGUGAUAAUCUGUAGUUGUCAGGUUCAGCUCUGAAAUCUCUAAAAAGAAAAUAAAAAAGGAAAAAUACCUGCCAGUUGAGGGCAUCUUCCUAUCUCCUUGCACCAAGUAAGGAAAGCCCUCCGAAACUGGAGUUAACCGGACUAUGAACCUGGUGGUUCUUAGUAUGUGUACUUAACUCAUUCAGAAGAUCUUUUCCUUUUGCACGUGAUGUAUUAUUAACUAUUGGGUAUUAACUGAAAGGAACUGUAAUGUUAAUAUGGCAAAUAUUGACGUAAUGAUGAAAUCUGAAAUAGUUUAUUCUCUGAAUAAAUAUGUUCCUUAUCUUGGAGCUGGCUGAUAU